AUGCCCAGCUCUUUGGCCAACAAAGCCUACCUUGUCACAGGCGGGUUUUCUGGCAUCGGGCUCGCCACCGUCAACAAGCUGCGCAGCGAAGGCGCAAUUGUCCACGCCAUAGAUCUGUCCAGAACCCCACCGGCACGCUUGGUCGAGGAUAAAUCAGUUUACAAUUAUCCUGGUGUCGAUGUCAGCUCACGCGAGCAGGUCACAGCUCUGUUCGAAUCGAUUCUCCAAGUUAGUCCCGAGAUCUACGGUCUGGUGAACAGUGCCGGCAUUUGCCCAGUGUCGUCCAGCGUGAUCGAACCCGACGACACGUUCAAAUCCGUCCUCAACGUCAACGUGAUUGGAACAUGGAACACUUGCACCGCAUUCUUCGAGGAGGCGCUCCGACGGCAAAAAGAAGGUCUUCCAAAGUUGAACACGAGCGUGGUUAAUAUCGGAUCUACGGCAUCUUUGAAAGGGUUCUCGACCCUAACCGCCUACGUGGCCAGCAAACACGCCGUGCUAGGAUUGACACGGUCCUGGGCGCUGGAUUUCGUGGAUGCCGGGGUCAGGGUGAACCUGGUAGCGCCAGGAGGGACCAAAACUCCCAUGGCCAUGGCCCAGGUCGAGGACAAAGGUGUACGCGGAGAAGCGUCUCGGUCAAAGCCAGUGAAUCCGCAGAACAGAUUCGGCGAGCCAGAGGAGCAGGCGGAAGCCAUCGUCUUCCUGUUAAGUGAUGCCGCUUCGUUCAUAACAGGGCAAGCUCUCCCCGUCAACGGCGGUGAGAUGUUCUAG